AUGUUGUUUGGAAUUAGAUUGUGGAUAUCAACAGUGUUGACAUCCUAUAUCGACAAGACACUAAUAUCUCUAAAUGAAUCACUAAAGAUAUUCUUUCAAGAAGUAUGGCAACUCGGUGUUCAAUUGGCCAAUAUGGCAACGAUUACAUUCUUGCGUAUAUUCUAUAAACCAGGAUAUCAGAGUUAUUUGGAACAAAGACAUCGUAUAAAGAAGAGGAACAAGUCAACGUCUUCAUCAUCAUCAUCAUUAUACAAGAAGACUAGAUCAUCACCGCUACAUCAAUCACAUCUCUCACAACUGUACAUUCAACAGCGGCAACAACAACAGCAACAACUACAACAAUAUCAACAUCAACAACAACAACAUUAUCAACAGUUCCAACAACAGCAACAGCAAGGUCAGCAGCAACAAGGACAGCAGCAGCAACAGGGCAACACAAAGACACCAACACCAUUUGUUCAACUGUUGAAUGAUCCUGAUGGUGGAUCACCGACAAUGUCACCAUCGACCUCAUCAUACGCCAUUAGUAACGAUGCUGCCAUGUCUCCACAGAGCAGUCUCAGUGGAUUGAGUGGCAGUGGAAGUGGCAGCAGCAGCAGCAACAACAACAGUGUAUUUAGGAAGACCCUCAGCAGCUCCCUACGUCCCUCAUCAUCCAGUUCAAAGAGGAAUACAAUGGAGCCAAUCACACCUCGUCCACGAUCUGGCAAGAAGAAGAAGAGACAAUACUAUGUCAAUCGCGAUCUAGUACAUCAUCACGAGCAGAUAACAACUGGAUUCCUUGAGGACUUGAGGACAAACAUACUUUUGUUUUCCGAUCGAUUCUUCCAUUAUCUUAGAGUGAAGAUAUCCAACACACUCAAUGCAUUGGCAUCAUUCAGCAUUCGCUCAUUCAUCUUCUUCCUUAUCACCUUCCCUCUAUACCUACCCUACUAUAUUUUCAAGGUGAUCACAUUCCCAUUCACAAUGUGCAACAGUGUGAUCAAUAUGUUGGUCAAUCGAUGGAAGCGAGUUAGGGAUAUUCCAAAUAGAUUAUUCUCGGACAAGGAGUUGGAUGUGAGGAGUGUAAAGGAGAUUGUUGAACAAGCUGGCUAUCCUUAUGAACAAUAUCACGUGACCACUGAAGAUGGCUACAUCCUGCUGUUGGAACGCAUACCCAACAAGCAGUCCAAACACAUAUUGUACCUACAGCAUGGAGUGUUUGAUAAUAGCUUUGCAUGGGUGGCCACUGGACCCACUCAAUCAUUGGCAUUCGCGGCCCACGAUCAAGGCUAUGACGUAUUCCUUGGCAAUCUGCGUGGCAAUGGCGAGCGACUCCACACUGAACACAACAUAUCGGCCAAGCAAUAUUGGGACUUCUCCGUCAAUGAGCAUGCCUUCAAGGACAUCCCAUCAUUCAUUCAAGUCAUACGUCAAGUCAAGAUCAAAGAGUUGGCCACUCAGAACAAUGAUGUAGUCUCUGCCAAUGAUAUCAAUAUUAGCGCUGUUGCUCAUAGUAUGGGCGCAGCAUGUAUUCUAAUGUAUAUAGUAUUCAUGGGCAUAUUGAAGAAGAGCCAUCACCUGAGUAGAGUAAUCCUGUUGUCACCAGCUGGUGUACAUGAGAAGGCGCCAAAGAUUGUCGACUUCCUUGGCCCAUUGAUCAAUCUCUGGGUGUCCAUAUUCCCAGUAUACGUCUUUAAGUUCCCCUCAGACACGAUACGUGUGAUCACAGCCAAGAUAUAUCAUGACUUGAUGAGUAACACACCGACAAAGGACUUGAUGGUGUACUUGGUGUCGAGAUUCUUGUUGGGUGGCGAGAUGAAGAAUCAUCCAUUGGAGAAGAUACAUAACUUGGCCUACAACACAUUCUCUGGCACCUCUGUAAAGACCUAUCGACACUUCUUCCAAAUAAGAAAGGCCAAGAAGUUUCAAGCAUUCGACUAUGGCAAACAGAAGAACAUGGAACUUUAUGGCACGCCAUAUCCACUUAACUUCCUAGAUCAUUAUGAUGUGAUCAAUAUACCGGUACACUUUAUAAUGGGACUGAAUGAUAACUUGAUAGAGCCACACAAUAUUAUCAAGCAUUAUAGUACAUUGAAGAAGUUCCAUCCGGAGUUUGCAUUCCUAAAGGCGAGCAAGAGUGGACAUAUUGAGUUCACACUUGGCCUAGACGAUCAAAUACUCAACUACAUUCUCAACAUUCUGGAUGCAUCCAAGACGGACCAAGCGGCAAUCUAA